UCAGUUAGGGUUAUUGUUAUUUCUAACCUUCUGCCCUGAGAUACCUGCGCAGUGAUGGAGUAUACAGAGUUAGCCAGGUCUGCAGCUGACAAAUUGUUAUCGUACAGCAAAGAUCAGAGCGGCUGGAAACUCUGCAAGAGAACUGGUGAAGUUGCAGUCUACUGGAGACCAUCAACUGAAUUUUCUGGAAACCUAUAUAAAGGGGAAGGAAUAGUUCCAGCAAAACCAGAACAUGUUUGGGAAUGUAUAAAGCCGGAAGCUGGAGGAAUGAGAGUCAAAUGGGACAACAAUGUACAGGACUUUCAACUUAUUGAAGCAAUUGCUGAUGAUACCACUGUGUGCAGAACAGUAACACCUUCAGCUGCCAUGAAUAUUAUUGCUCCAAGGGACUUUGUAGAUGUCAUUUUAAUUAAACGUUACGAAGAUGGCUCCAUAACAUCUAAUGCAACAAAUGUGGAGCACCCAGGCUGUCCUCCUCAGCGGCCCUUUGUCAGAGGGUUUAACCAUUCAUGUGGCUGCUUCUGUGUUCCAGUACCUGGAGAACCAGAAAAAACCCAACUCUUAAGCUUCUUUCAGACGGAUCUUAGUGGCUAUCUUCCUAAGUCUGUGGUGGAGUCAUUUUUUCCAUAUAGCAUGGUUAAUUUCUAUAGUAAUCUCCGAAAAACUGUCAAGACAAUCAAUUUAUGACACAUGCCACGGAAUGUUUAAGUAGACACAUUGGCAGUAAACUGAGAAGAAACCAUUGAGAGCAAAACAGAUAUCAAAAUGAAAUAAUCUGCAGAUGUCUCAGAAUUUCCAGAUGUGCUGCUUUUGGUGUUUGCUACACAAUACAUUUUUAUUUAUUUUUUCAUUUGCAGAUCAAUAGCAAAGCUACUGGUGAUACAGCAGGCGCAUUUGCACCAGGGCUGGUAGAUCGGGGGGAGGUAUUGGCUAGCAGGCCAUAUGCAACAGAAUGUUUCCUUUGUUUCUUCUUCCCUUAAACAGAAAUCAUUCUGCUGAUUCAUUUUAAUUCCUGUCCUAGUAGGAAUCUUUGUACCAGAUAUGUCAGUCAGGCCCUAUCUCCUGACCUGAGAACUUAUUGGAGCAAGUCUUGUGACUUCUUUUGGUAUAGAUGCUGUGUAACUUAUAGAGGUCAAGGCAAAACGUAUUAAAUAAACUCCGUCAGACCAAUAACCUAAUGACAGCCUCUCAAACUCAUGGCAGAAACUUGAUAUUCUGGUCCAUGUGGUCUGACCUGGCUCUCACCUGUGUCUUGUUGCCAGCCUGCAACCUUCCUCUCACUGUGUAACACUUUAGCUUAGCUACUUCCUAAUAGCAGUGAUGAGGGCUGACAUAUUCUUAAAUUGAAUAUUGGUUAGUCAAAAAAGAUAGCAAGCUACACAGAUUCAAAAUAGUAUCAUAGAUUUCCUGUAUCUUAAAACUUAACCUUUAUUGAGUUUUUAUAAAAAUAAAAAUUUAAAAAAAAUUGGACACCAGUAAUGGAAGAAAGCACCUCCCAAAUGAAAACACUACAUUAUGUCUAUUGCUAGUUCCAAAUUCAUUAUCAUAGAUUAGAAUUUUUUUUUUAAAGUAUUAAGUAUUUUAAUUCUGAUUUGCCUAGUAGGGAGUGGGAAUUUAUGGAUCUAUAGGGCUAUUUUAACCAGUGUGAUUCCCCUAAAUAUGGGUUCCGAUAGUAUAAAACCACCACCCUUGUAACCCUUUCCCCCGAGAAUUAAGGUUUCACAAAGAAGUAUAGUAUCAAGGUUGAAAGAAGAAAAAUAACAGGUUGUUAGAUCAAAAAAAGUACAUAAUGACCUACUUAAAAAUAGAGGUGACCCCUAUAUUGCAUGCUGCACAGCUCUAGUAUAAUUUAUAUUUUCAGAUAUUGAUUAGACUCACUCUUAUUUAAAUUCAAUACUCAAGUUAGUCUGAUGGAACUUGAUGUCCUUUAUUGCAGCCAGCAAUACCUCCCUCUCUCUCCAUCACUCUUUUUGUUAUGCAAUGGUGUAUUACCUGCCUAUAAUGGUCUGUUACUUGCAUGCAUAACUUGUUGGUCUGUUACCUAGUGUCAGUUGAUUGCUUAUAGAACAUGAUAGUCUUUUUUCUCUUUAAUGUAUCUGCUGAUCUGUUACUAGUCUAUAGUGCCUGCUUUCUUGUUACCUGCUGGCCUAUCACCUCCUCUGUUAGCACCUAUUGUACUUGCUGUUACCUACCAAUUGCACUUGCAGGCCUGUUACCUACCAAUUGCACUUGCAGGCUUGUUACCUACCUUUUGCAAUUGCUGCCCAGUUACUUACUGAUUAUACUUGCAGCCCUGUUACCUACUUAUUUAACUUGUAGUCCUGUUGUCCGCCUAUUGUACUUGCAGUCCUGUUAUAUACCUGUUAUAUCUGCUCAUCUGUUACCUAACUAUUGUAAUUUAUGUUUCCAUAUGUUACUGUUAUGUACUAUAGCGUAUGACAUUUUGAGGGGCUGCACUGCCUCGAAUGGGGCCGUAUACCCCUGUUUCCACGCGAGCCUUCAGGAAACAAGAAUUAAGAAGUCUUAAGACUGCUGCUCCUUAACUUGUCUGCCGCCUCUGCGGCGGCAGACAACAAUCCACCCAAUCACAAUCGAUCGGGUUGAUUGACACCCCCUGCUAGCGACCGAUUGGCCAUGAAUCUGCAGGGGGCGGCAUUGCACAAGUAGUUCACCAGAACUGCUUGUGCAAUGAUAAAUGCUGACAGCGUAUGCUGUCUGCAUUUAUCGAUGUCUUACAGACAUGAUCGCUACAGCGGAUCAUGUCUGCCAGACACAUGAUAAAUCUGCCCCUAGCUAUACAUUAAUUCUGACACUGAUCACAAAAUAAUUUAUUUACAAAAAAUAAUGAGUUUGGUCAGCUAUUUUUAUAUGGAUUUUAUUCUUAGAUGUGCUGAUCAGUAACUCUUGGUGACAUAAAUUGUUCUGUAUACAAAUUCAAAUAUUUUUCAACAUAUAAGAUAUACAUGAAUAUAAGAUGCAUUCAUUUGUUUUGUAAAAUACAAAUAUAAGAUAAAAAGAUAUGGCAUUUUAUUGGCAUUUGUUUGUCAAUCAUACUGUGAUUAUGCUUUACUCUUUACCAUAUUGUAACUACAAUUAGACUUUAUAUUAAAGGAACAUGAAACUAAACAUUUUUCUUUCAUGAUUCAGAUAGAACAUGCAAUUUUAAAUGUUAAAUAUCUUUCUAUUUUACUUCUAUUAUUAAAUGUUCUUUGUUCUCUUGGUAUCUUUUGUUGAAAAAAGCUAAGGAGCAUGAAUGUGUCUGGAGCACUAAAUGAUAACAGUUUUGCAAGAAUGUUAUCCAUUUGCAAGAGCACUAGAUGGCAGCACUAUUUCCUGCCAUGUAGUGCUUCAGACACCUACCUCGGUAUCUCUUCAACAAAGAAUACCAUGUGAAUAAAGCAAAUUUGACAAUAGAAGUAAAUUGGAAUCUUUUUUUAAAAUGGUUUGUUCUGUCUGAAUCACAAAAGACAAUUGUGGGGUUUCAUAUCCCUUUAAUGCUUGUCUCGGUCAUUUGGUACGAGUUCUGGGUUAAUAAGUGUAAAACCUUUUCUUAUUCUUAUGAUGUAAUAUUAAAAAAAUAAAAACGUCUGUACCCUUA